CUAUUUAAAAUUUAACCUAAGUAACAAUACAAUGCAAUUUAUGUUUCAAGAACGAAUGAAUUUAAAUAAUACUCAAUUAUGAACGAAGAAGACAAACAGGCGCUUAUCCAAAGAUUUAAUAUUAAGAUUGGAGAUGAUAUUAAUAACUUGGCUAACGCAUAUGAAUUAGAAAAUGAAUAUGUAGAAAAGCGCGACAAAUUACAAAACUCUCUUCAGGCAAAGAACACUGAAGUCCCUACAAAAGUAAAAUCAUCAAUAGAUAAAGCAAAGAAAAAGCCUGCUCAAAUAGCAGAGCUCAAAGAGAAAAAUGAAAAGUUGCAGAACAAACUAGACCAGUUUCUGGUCAAAUCUGAGCCCCUGCGUGCAGAAUUAAACCAAAGGUUUGCAGCUAUCAAUAAACUAGUGAAGGUCCAGUCAUAUUUGAAGACUUAUAUAGAAGUAGAAGAUCUGUGCCGUCAAUUGUCCAACUGUAACGAAGAUGAGCAGAGUGUGCUGCUGUUUGGAGCACUUAAAGAGCUGUGCUUACAAUAUCACGAUGGCCACAGAGGCACUUAUUUCAAGGAAUACACACACUACUGGCAUAAUAUACUCAAGGAUAAAUUAACUAAACAAUAUGAAGAUGUAUUAAAGUUGCUGAAAUGGCCAGUGGUCAUGCGCCCCGACAUGUCCCCUUUGCCUAAAGAUGUGAUGGUCAAGUUCCAUAAUCUGACCAAGUUUUUAUUCCUUAUUGAAGAACCAGACGAUGAACAAGCCAGAAUACAGUCAGGAGAUUUCAGUUUAGCAGAAAAUCCCUGUUUACCUGUAAAAGUCCUGCUACGGCCGCUGAAAAAAAGGUUUACAUUCCACUUCACUGGGUCUCGGCAGACCGCGCGCAUUGACCGCCCUGAAUGGUUCCUUACUCAGACACUCACUUGGAUCAAGGAUCACCAGGGCUUCGUGAGGACACAUGUACAGCCAGUUGCUGACAAACUGCAAUUGAGACAUGUUCGGACAGUUGACGAAUUCAACGCUGGCCUUAUCUCUUUUGCCGCGGAAAGACUCCACACCGUCCUCGGCAUGUAUAACGCACACGGGGUCAAGGAAAAACGCGCGGACAUGGACGCGGCCUUCGCGCACGCUGUGGAUGAGGCUUUAGGGUUCCAUCGUGAACUGGUACUCAUAACGGGGCAUGAGGUUAACAGCGUGCUAUCUGUGCUGACGAAAGCGGAGAUCUUUGUCAGAUGGCUUUCGGUUGAAAAGAAAUAUGCCUUAUCAAAAAUGGACGAGACGAUAGACACCGAGUCUUGGAUCGAGCCCGUGGCCGGCGGCAUGGGUUCCGCCGUAGGGUCUGUGCUAUGGGUUCCGCGGGGCGCUGAUUGGUUCAUGUCGCUGUUGAAAACCAUUGAGGACCGGUAUGCUGUGUUGCCGCAGCCUGGACAUCGGCUUCAGUUUCUCGAACUCCAACUCGAGCUGGUCGAGGAGUGGCGCGUGCGGCUGACGCAGCUGCUGAGCGCGGCGCUGGGCGUGCUGCCGCCGGCCGCGUUCCUGGCCGGCGCCGGCCCGGACCCCGUCACGGCCGUCGUCAACGCGGCCCACCACGCUCGCACCGGCCUGCUGCAGUGGGCGCACUGUCUGCACUACCUCCAACUGCACUACUACCGUCGCCAGUUCCAACAUUUCACCCAACAACAACACCAUGACGAGUCCGAAUCGGCGUCCAGCUCCAAUGAAGAGUCUGACGAAUCUGGCUCGGAUGGUGAUGACGAAAAAGAAAAAACAGAUGAUGACGCCUUGUCGUUGAAAGAUGUGGAGCAGAAGGCGAAAAACCAAGCUAUUGAUGAAGUUAUGCGACGCAAUUCAGUGUUGCCUGAAUUGAGCCAGUUUGAUAUCACAUCGCCAAUAGCAAACUUGACCGUAACGGAGCCGCUAUCAAACGACGAUUCUGAAGAGGCGGGCGUGUUUGCCGAGGCGCCGGCAUUACUAGCGCGUUUGCGUGACGCCGGACUUACUGCUCUCGCCGACCAUGCUCUGCUCGAGUUCCGCGCCGCCAUGCGAGACUACAGGCGGCAAAAAUGGCACGCAAUGUUGGUAGUAGAAGAGAUAGCGCUCUGCGUAUCCACGCCUCUGUGCGCGCCACUGUCCGCGCUCUGCACGCGCAUGAACAACGCCACGGCCAAACUGGCCCCAGUCCUGGCUGUGAGGUUCAGGAGCUUCCUGGCUGAGAGCGUCGACCAGUACAUCUUCGAGGAGGUGGUGCUGGAAAGCUGGUUUAACACGGGCGGCACGAUCCAGUUCACGCACGACGUGAAGCGUAACCUCGUGCCUGCCUUCGCUCCGCCUAAUAAGAGCGCGUCGCAGACCAACCUACUACCUAAGCUGCUAGAAUCGUGCGUGCUCCUGAACAUGGAGUACGACGAAGCGCGCCGGCUGCGCGGGCUGCUGCGCGCGCACCCGGGCACCGGCGCGGAGGCGCUGCGCGCGCGCGGCGUGCGGCACGUGGCGCCGCCGUGCGCGCUGCGCGUGCUCGACCAGCGCACCGACCUCGGCGACGCGCCCGAGCGCUCCGUCAUGGACCUCUUCUGAGGGUACGAGGGGGGAGGGCUUUAAGUUGGCGUGUGCCGGUGCCGGUGCCGGUAUCGGUGAUACCGCUUCAUUUUGUUAUUGUUAAGCUUUGGUUUCCUAGGAAAGCGGUGCCGUCAUAUAGCGGCCGUAAUACAGCAGUGAAUGACGUCGCUAGAACGUUGUCUAUGUAAACGAAAUGGCGUGAUUUCCUAGAGGGCGGUGACUGACACCGCAACGUCAAAAAACGGUGCCGUCAUUUGCAUGACGGUCGUCUGGACGGUGUCGAUAGUUUCGUGAACGUUUUAUUUGAUAUCGGUGAAGCCAUUUCUACUGAAAUCAAGUAAAAUCUCAAAUGCACCUUCUGUACCAAGAGAUUUGAAUAAAUGAUCUUCCGUACUACGAUUAUUUUCCUCUUCUGAUGAUAAUUC